GACACUUCAAAAGCUGAAGAUGGCAUUACCAGUUUCAAAAACAAGUGAUGUGGCCUAGGUAAAUUUGUCAAAGUAUGACAAAAUGUGUAGUUUUAAGUUAAUAUAUUUUAUUAUAUUUUUAUUGAAUGCCUAUAAAACGAAUUGCUUAAUAUCAGACAAAAGAUUAUGUGUAAAUGAAGACUGUACAGAACCCAUUUCAUUAGGGAAAACUCUAUUGAGAUAUAACAGUCCAGAGCAUUCUAUCCUUUCGUUUAAAGUCAAUGAAAUUGUAAAAAUAUUCAGUAAAGAAGCUGGGUCUCGACUUGAUCUUUGGGGUGUCGAAAUUAAUGGUAAUAGAGGCUAUAUUCCCAAAAAUAUGGUUAGAGAAUAUAAAGUUCUUGCUAAGCCUAAUAAGAUUGUUGACACAGAACUUUUAGAAAAAUCUGAAGAGCCAGUAGAAAAGUUACUAGGAGAGAAAGUUGAUCCAGAUAAAGUUAAACAACCAUAUGAAGUAGUAGAUGGCACAACUAUACCUAUUGAUUCUAUUAUUCCCACCAGUACUGAUAGUCCUGUUCUAUCCACAGCAAUUAAUAGUCUAAAUAAGGAAAAACUUUCUAGUAAUGACAAUGAGAAGGAAGCAGUUCAAGAUAAACAGACACCAGAGGUAAAAGCAAGGGUGGAGACAGAGGAUAGUUCAUUACCUCCUAUUAAAAAUAUUACUGAAGAGACUAAAGACUCAUCUGCUCAAAGUAUUUUUUCAACUUUAACAAAAUGGGUUGAAAAAGAUGAAUUAGUGGAUGAUGAAGAUAAUGAAGAUGAUGAUGUUGAAGUGGAAGAUGAAAUUGAAGAAUAUAAUGAUAUUCCAGUUAGAUCUAAUGAAAUUGAUAUUAAGUCUGCAAUAAAGGAUGAAAGAAUCACAGAAGAUAUAAAUAUAGUAAAAGAAAUUGAAACAGAUCUUAAAAAAAGUGAAGUUUCAUCAAAAAAUACACUUGAACCUAAAAAAGAGGAUAUUAAGAAACUUGAUGUAGAAAAUGAACUGAAAGUUCCCAUAACAGACAAACCAAAUAAUAAUGGAAUGGAUGAUACAAAAGAAGAAACAAAAGAAGCUAUUUCAAAUACACUGAAUAUUGUUGAAGAAUCAAGGGAAGAGACCGAAACUACUACUUUAUCAAGUAUUGAUAGCAAAGGAGCACCUCCUAUUUCAUCUACAGAAUAUGUAUCUACAGAUCCAAUAGGAGUAAUUUUUCCUUUGGCAGCCAAAGAAGAAAAUUUGGAAUCAGUUGAUAACAAACCUGAAGAUAUAAGCACAGGUAACCAAGAUGGUUCUUUAGAGAUGAAAUCAUCUAUGGAUGUCACUUUGUCUCUUUCUACUGAAACAACAGAAUCAGUAUCUUCAAAAGAAGAAUCUGAAAAACCUCAAAAUGAAGAAAUGAUAUAUCAACCUAAUGAAGCCAAUUUUCAAAAAGUUAGAGAUAAUCUUUUUGGAAGACAUUUAAAUGGUUUAGAAGAAAAAUCAAUUGAUGUGGAGAGUAAUGCAGGAGAAAAUAUUGCUGCUCCAAACAGCUCUGCUGAAAUUAAAGCAAUUGAAGAACCUUCAGUUUCUUUUGAGUCAAAAAAAGUAGAAACAGAAUCUGACCAAGUUAUAUCACAAGCAGAUUCAAAACCAUCUGAAACCCAACCACCUGACAGUUGGUAUGGCAAUGUUAAUACAAACAUAGAUACUUUGGAAAUUGAAGAAAAAAUUGAAAUUCUCCAAGAUGAUUUGCCAAUUAAUGAUAUACCCAGUGAUGUAGAGAUAAAUUCUUUAAAAAAUAGUGAAGGAAUUCUUCCUAAUCAUUUACUAGGCGAUAAUCAAGAUGAAGGUGUUUUAAUUGAUGAAACUAUGUUGAAUGUGGAUAAUGGUGGAAUUUUGGACAGUUUGUUUUCCUUUUUUGGAAAAGAAGCAACUACCAAUAUGCCCGAUGCGGAUUCUCCACCUUCGACCCCAAUCGCCAAUGUGGAUAAAUCAUUACAUGAAAAAGAACAACAUUUAGUAAAUACAAUAUCUGAUAGUACGGGAAAUAGUAGUGUAUUGGACAAACUAAUGAUGAUACUAAACUCAGAUGUAUUGCUCUACCUGUUAACAACCGCAGCAUCUUGUAUAAUAUUCUUAUUCAUUUAUCUAUUAAUAGACAGAAAUAGUAGGGAAGCGCCCUUGAUUAAAAAAAUAAACGAUUUAGAAAAAGAAUUAUUGAUUAGUUUGAAGGAAAAAGACAUUCUUCAAGAUAGUGCUUCGGACGUGAGCAAAAUUCCAACUGAAGAAUUAGAUCUUUUGAAACGCAAGUUGGAAGAAACUGAAAUUUUGAAAGGAAAUCUAGAAAUGCGAAUUUUAAGUCUUGAACAGGAGGUAGAAACUAAACAAGAACUUGAAGAGCAAAUUGAAAGUUUGGAAAGAGAAUUGGAAACUUCUACAGAGGUUGGGAUGGAACUUAACAGGAUCAUUUCUGAAAUGUUGAAUCCUAGUAAUGGAGGUGAGAAAUUGAAAGAAAAUGUUGAACAAUUACAAAGACAACUGUCGGAACAAAAAUGGAUAAUAAAUGAUAUUACAAAAUCAUUGGAUGAUAAAGAAAAAGAAAAUGCUGAAUUGCAAGUACAAUUAGACGAAAGUAGAAAGAAGAGUAUUGAAUUGCAGAAAAAAUUGGAUGAAAUAGUUGAUAGAAUUUUGAAGAUCGAAAAAGAGAGAGACCAACAGCAGAAGUCCCUUCAAGAAGAAAUCUCGAUGUACCAGCAGAAAUACAACGAUGAAAUCAUGAAAGAAGAAGUUUUAAAUACCGAAAUUCAGAUCCUUAAAACUCAAUUGGCAGAUGCGAAACGUAAAGCAGAAUUAAAAAUUAAAGAAUAUCAAUCAUUAAAAGAUAGUUUAAACGGCAUUAAAUCAAUUAAAAAUGAUAAAGAAGCACUUCAGUCAUUAUUAAACACAGCGACGUUAAAAGCAGAAUUGGAACAACUCAAAUCUGAAAAUGAGAAUUAUUUAAUACAAUUAAAACAAGAACAAGAUGCUAAGGUUGCAUUUGAAAAGAAAUGUCAAGCUGUGACCGAAGAAAACAAUUCGCUUUUAAAUAAAUACCAAGAAUCAGAUAAACUGAAAUUAGAGGCAACUAUGAAAUUGGAAGUUUUAAAUAAUUAUUUCAAGAAAAGGGAAGAGGAACUACAGGGUGAAAUUUUGAAGUACAAAUCAAUUUGGGACGCCAAAGAGGGAGAGGCCACAUCAACCACCGAACGAAUAAAAUUAAUGGCAGAAGAAAUAGAAAAUUAUAAAUCGCAAAACGAAACGCUGAAACAAGAAAUAGUAUCGCAAGAGAUUGAUUUGAAGAGUCAAAUUUCCAUAUUGGAGAAGAAAGUACACGAAAAUUGGGUAACAUCCAGACAAAUGGAAAGAAAGCUGGAAGAUGCCAAACAAGAAGCAGCCCAAUUGAGGAAUCGGUUAACUUUAAGGGAAAGGGCAGUAAAUGAUGAAAGAUUGCAAAAUAGAUUACAAUCACCCAUAGAUCAAAAUGGUGAAUUGACAUUAUCACCUCCACCACCAAUAGAAUCACCGACAUCACCGUUACUUUUUGGAGGUAGGGACCACAUUACAAAAUCACCCCCACUUCCAGGACUACCUCCUUUCCUCCCGCCGCCUCCUGGCGCUCCUUUUAUGCCGCCGCCGUUGCAUGGUAUGCCUUUUAUGCCUCCUCCACCUGCCAUGUUUCCUGGAGAUCACAGACCGCCACCGCUCGGAAGAAUGUCGUCGCCCCCGCCUUUGAAUUCAAGGUACUCACCAGAUACUUCGGCGUUUUCACCUUAUGAGAGAAAUACUCCUAGUCCACCAUACGAUUCAGAAUAUGGAGCUUCACCUCCACCAAUAAGUGGAUAUAGUCCUUACAGUAGUAGAGACGAUAGGAGAGAUUACAAAAGGUCUAUACAUGUAUCAAAUGGUAGAAAUAACAAAGGGUCGUUGAUGAGUUCCGGGUCUGAUAAUUCAAAUGAUUCAUUAGACAAGGUAAACAGAAAACAUUCUUCAAAAAUGGUCUAGCAUUUUAGCUGCUGUUUUUAUAGAAAUUAAAAUUCUGCUCUAACUUUUUUUUUCUUUUUUUGUUAAAUUUUUUAUCUAUUUAUUUGUAUGUGAUGUAUUUGUAUGGGUAUAUCUUUUUUUACUUUAUCCAGUAAUCAAAAACCCAUUUAUUUUUGAUAUGACCCCAACAAUCUAAAAUCAAUCAAAAUAUAGAAGCAACGUUGACAUUUCAACAAGAUAAAAGCUAAAUUUUUUAUUAGUUGCUUAACUUGAUUAUCUUAAUUAACUUGUAAGCCCAGUUUUUGAUUAUGAUUAAGGUUUACAUUAUGUUCCCCCUGUUGAAGCUGUUUUCGACAGAGUCCUAAUAACUCUCCAGCAUUUGUGCUGGUUUCAAAAUGUUCUGCUUUUCGCUACUGCAGAUUUGUUAUUGAAACUAUUUUUUUUCAAUAGUUUUUGCUUCCUGUGGUAGCAGUUCCCUUUAAGAAAAGAAGUGAAGUUUUAGUGAGAUCCAAAUACUUUUGUACAUCUAAGAAAAUAGAUUUUACGAACAAACUUUUUGGAAUGAACCAAACCAGAAAAUUAUUAGUUUACUCGUCUUUCAAACUCUUAAAAGCAUUAACUUACACCUCUGAUCCAAUAAAAGACUUGAUCGUUUCUUGUUCACUGUAUUGACCUCUUUAAUUCUAGUAUGGCCAGGAAUAAAAGCUCCGAGAUUUUUGUAUAUUCCCAGUGUUUUUGUAACAAUUUGACUAUCUGGUUGAAUCAAUAAGUCACAUUUCCACUUAAGUAUUUGUACCUGUAAGUCGGUCAGACAUGAGCCCUACUUUAGCUAAAGUUCCUACAGUGAUUUUCGAACCAUCCCUGUAGUUUUUCAUUAUAUUUCUUUUGUUUACACAAUCUUUCUUCUUACUUAGCACCAUGGUGAAAUUGUUUUCAAUGCUUAUGGUGAAUAUGGUAUCAUUAACAAUAUGUGAAAUCGAAUUUCAAACUUCCAUUUUUCUUUUCCAAUGAGUUUUUUUAAAAACAUUUCCAGUUUUUCUUUCUCUAUAAUGUUUGGUCUGGGAAAUUCAUAAUUAGUUGAUCAAUUUAAACGUAAAAUAUACAGUAUGUUCUAAUUAUAUGUUAUUAUAGAUAAAUUACUUUGAUUUUAGGUCUCUUUCGUUUAAACGCUUUAAUACUUGACGUUUCGUCCUAUUGCAGUCAAGUUUUUAAGCUUUUAAACGAAAUUUUAAUAAAAAGUGGCUUAUGAUCAAGAUAAUUUAUCAACAAAACCAUAUAAAGGAGAUCUAAGAAGUAAGAAAUUAAAUAAAGUGUAUGUUAUGUGAUAAGAGUAAUUUGAACCACAACUUUUUUUAUUUCAGAAGUAUUAUCAGGUUUUUGACUUUAGAUUGAAAGGUUAACUAUUCUCUUCCAUUUGAAAGUCAAUAGAUACACCAAUUUUGUAUCUAUAAAAUAAAAUAUUUACAGUAAAACUCUCAAGUGAUUCUAAAAAAAUUUUAAUAGAAAUUUGAUUGCUUCCCCUUCAAAUAUUCUAACCAAGGAUGACAAAGUGACCUAGUGGACAUUUCACUCAGUAAAUAUCACUUCUUAAGUAAAGCAAGUCCAAAAUAUUUGGAGUCAAAUCUGAAAUUGCAGUGAUACUUUGUAAAGGAAUACCGUUUUCAUAUCCACCAGUUGUCAUCAUUGGGAAUGAGGUUUUGAAGUCAAAAUUAAUUAUUACUUAUGUGAUAACAGAUUUAAAGGGAUAAUUUCCUAUAAAUAUUAAAGUUCAAUUGAGGAAAAUGUCAAGCAGAUUCAAUUUUAUUGGUUCAAGACAAAACUCUUGAAAUAAUGGUUAGUAAUGAUUCUCAGGGACAACUAUACCUUGUCACUCAUCGAUGCAGUUGUGAAUUUUCUCAAUUUUGACAAUUAAAGACUCAACAGUCAUAGCGAAACUUUGCUGUUUCUGUACUGCCGCUUCUAGUGGUAAAUUCAAACACAGUAGUGUAGAAGUAGACUUUGUAAUAUCAAAAAAUCUUGGGUAUUGUUAGACAUUUCUGAUAUUGAAUGUGUUUCAAUCAAACUAGAGUAAAUAAUAUAAAUAACCUUGUAGAGUUUUCAUAAAUAUUUAUUUAUAGAUAUGGUUUUUGUUAGUAAAUUGAGAUAUACAAUUCUAUUUUUCUUUCUGUGAUUUUUAAGGCAAAAGGGGAUAAUUGUUUGCAGCAUUUUAUAGUACCUACUGUAUAGUUUGAAUAUAUUUUGUAAUCACAGAUCGGUGAAAGAAAGAAAAGAAAAAAACAAAGAACAGAAUGAUUUGUUACUGCAUGCGAUCUGAUCUUGGUUCCUGAAUAUAUCUAAUAAAUUUUGGUAAAAAAUGUAUAAAAUAUGUAAAAAAUGUAUAAAGAAAACUUUAAAUAAAAAUUGGUAAAUA